AUACACAUUCACCGGAAUUUAUACCUUUGAAUCACUUAUUAAAAUUCUUGCAAGGGGCUUCUGCUUAGAAGAUUUUACGUUUCUUCGAGACCCAUGGAAUUGGCUAGAUUUCACUGUCAUUACCUUUGCAUAUGUGACAGAGUUUGUGGACCUGGGCAAUGUCUCAGCGUUGAGAACAUUCAGAGUUCUCCGAGCUUUGAAAACAAUAUCAGUCAUUCCAGGCUUGAAGACUAUUGUAGGAGCCCUAAUUCAGUCUGUGAAGAAGCUCUCGGACGUAAUGAUCCUGACUGUGUUUUGUCUGAGUGUAUUUGCACUAAUAGGGCUGCAGCUGUUCAUGGGCAACUUGAGGAAUAAAUGCCUGCAGUGGCCUCCAGACAAUUCUACUUUUGAAACAACUGUUAUUUCCUACUUUAAUAGCUCUAUAGGUGAAAAUGGUACAUUUAUUAAUACAACAAUGACAACAUUCAACUGGGAUGAGUACAUCGAAGACAGAAAUCAUUUCUACUUCUUGGAAGGACAAAAUGAUGCUCUGCUGUGUGGCAAUAGCUCAGAUGCAGGUCAAUGUCCAGAAGGAUAUAUAUGUGUGAAAGCUGGUAGAAACCCCAACUAUGGCUACACAAGUUUUGAUACAUUCAGUUGGGCAUUCUUGUCACUGUUUCGAUUGAUGACUCAGGACUUUUGGGAGAAUCUUUACCAGCUGACACUGCGUGCUGCUGGGAAAACAUAUAUGAUAUUUUUUGUUUUGGUCAUUUUCCUGGGCUCUUUCUACCUGAUUAAUUUGAUCCUGGCUGUGGUUGCCAUGGCCUAUGAAGAACAGAAUCAAGCAACCAUGGAAGAAGCAGAGCAGAAAGAGGCGGAAUUUCAGCAAAUGCUGGAACAGCUGAAAAAGCAACAGGAAGAAGCUCAGGCAGCAGCAGCAGCUGCAGCAGCUGACUCAAGAGAUUAUAGUGGAGUAGGUGGAAUAGGUGGAUUCUCCGAAAGUUCUUCUGAGGCAUCAAAACUGAGCUCAAAGAGUGCUAAAGAGAGGAGGAAUAGAAGAAAGAAAAAAAAGCAAAAAGAACAAUCUGAAGGCGAGGAGAAGGAUGGGGAAGAAUUUCACAAAUCUGAAUCAGAGGACAGCAUCAAAAGGAAAGGUUUCCGUUUUUCCAUUGAGGGGAAUAGACUGACAUACGAAAAGAGAUUCUCUUCCCCACACCAGUCCUUGCUGAGCAUUCGUGGCUCCCUGUUUUCCCCAAGGCGCAACAGCAGAACAAGCCUUUUCAGCUUCAGAGGUCGAGCAAAGGACGUGGGAUCAGAAAAUGACUUUGCUGAUGAUGAGCACAGCACGUUUGAAGACAAUGAGAGCAGAAGAGAUUCCCUCUUUGUUCCUCAUAGACAUGGUGAACGGCGCAACAGUAACAUUAGUCAGGCCAGUAGGUCAUCCAGGACAGUACCUCCACUUCCAGCAAAUGGGAAGAUGCACAGCACUGUGGAUUGCAAUGGAGUAGUUUCUUUAGUCGGUGGGCCACCAGCUUUGACGUCACCUGCUGGACAGCUUCUGCCAGAGGGCACUACUACAGAAACUGACUUAAGGAAGAGACGGUCUAGUUCUUAUCAUGUUCCUAUGGACUAUCUAACAGAUCCUAGUGCAAGGCAAAGAGCAAUGAGUAUAGCCAGCAUGCUUACAAACACAAUGGAAG